AUGGCAGCUUCCGCCACCACCUCAGCUUCCGUCUUGGACGGCGUCUUUGGCAUUAACAAGCCCAUGGGAAUGAGCUCCGCGCAGGUCAUCCGAGACGUCCAACACCACUUCAACCCCUCGACAUUGUUCAAGCCCAUGAUAGAUCAAGAAACUGCCAAUAGAUCGCAGGAGUCCAAUAACAAGAAGAAGCGACGCAGGUUUGGCAAGAAUGACAUUCGAGUCAAGAUGGGCCAUGGAGGCACCCUGGACCCCCUUGCGACUGGCGUACUCAUCCUCGGCGUUGGAAAGGGCACCAAGUCUCUGCAGUCUUUCCUAGACUGUACAAAGACGUACGAGACCAUAGUCUUGUUCGGAGCAAGCACCGAUACCUAUGACAGAGUGGGCAAGAUCUUGAAGAAGACGGCAUACGAUCACAUCACCCGUCCGAUGGUGGAGGAAGCGCUCAAGUCUUUCCGUGGGAAGUUUCAGCAGAUGCCACCGCUAUACUCUGCCCUGAAGAUGGAAGGCAAGCCGCUCUACGAAUAUGCCCGAGAAGGGAAGCCGAUCCCGCGAGAGAUUGCGACUAGAGAAGUCGAUGUAUCUGAGCUGGAGCUGGUAGAAUGGUACGAACCCGGCACACACUCCCAUCGUUGGCCGGCCGAGGAAGCUACGAAUUUCGAACGGAGUUUCGCGGAGCAGGUCUGGCAAGUCGAGAAGAAGCAACAGAUGACCUCAAAGAAGCUCUCUCCUGAGGAAGAGGAAGCCGAGUCCAAGGCUUUGAAGGAACAUGAAAACUUCAAGCGGAAGGCUGACGAGAGCGUCGACGCACUGAUCUAUGAACGGGUCAACAAGCGAAAGAAGAAAUCGCAGCAGGAUACCCCUAUGAUGUCAGGAGCAUUGGGAGAUCUUCCACCUGCAGCCCCGAAGCCGGGUAAAGGGUCAAAUCUGAUCCCCGCGGCUCCCGACGCGGACACGCCGCCACCGUGGGAGGACAAAGGGCCGGCUGCGAUACGAAUCCGAAUGACCGUGACGUCCGGCUUCUAUGUUCGAAGUUUCUGCCAUGACCUCGGCACCAAGAUUGGCUCUGCAGCAAUGAUGGCGGAGUUGUGCAGGAGCCGACAGGGGGACUUUGUCUUGGGAACUUCGAAUUGCUUGGAGUACUCUGACCUCGAAAAGGGAGAAGAUAUUUGGGCUCCGCAGGUGCAGGAAAUGCUGGCUCAGUGGAACAGCAAGAGUCAAGGCAACGAUACCAAGGCUCCUCUGCGGGCUAAACAGACUCAACGCCCGUCCUGGGAUCCACCUGCCCAGGAAUCAACGCCUCAAAAGGAGCAAUCCUCAGAAGGUAUCAGCAACAUCAAAGUUGAAUCUCCUCCCAAGACGAAUGCCUCGCCUCCAUCUAAGGUUGAGGUACUGCCCACCCCUGCUGCGUCGUCGCCCGUGCGUGCAAGCAAAUCGGAAGAAGCGAAGGACAUCAAGGCUGAAGACACAGCCGACGGAGGAGCUGUAGCUGAGACGAAGGCAAUACGUUCAGCCGCACCUACUCCUGCAUCCUAG